AUGUCCUACUCGUUCACUUCAGAACCUGCGCAGUCAUUUGACGAGCAUUCACACCCUCAACACGCGCUCGGUCAUGAUGCUCAGUCACCACCAACGGGACCACAGCAUGACAGAGUACAGUUCCCGGAACAGAAUACCAGCAUGUCAAAAUCAGAGGAUCCUGAGAUCACCACCAGUCAACGUAUGAUCUCCGCGACCUGGGGAAGCCUGCUCACUUCUUUACUUGUCACACCUCUCGAUGUCGUUCGUGUACGAUUACAAUCUCAAUCUGCUCCCACCACCUCGAUCCUCUCUCGCUCUCCUGCAUAUUCCACGUCUUUCAAGCAAUUACCACCAGACCUGGGGGUCAAGGCGUGUUGCCGAGAAGUAUUUUUUGUGGGCGAUAAUGGACCGUUUUGCCUGGCUGGAAAUGGAACUGCACAAGCCUCAUCCGCCGCCGCCGCCACCGCCGCCGAUUGUGCCGUCGAAGAAACUCAACGGAGAACAUUUCACUCAACACUGGAUGGCCUAAGAAAGAUUGCUCGGAAUGAGGGAUACCUUACACUCUGGCGUGGACUUUCUCCGACUCUGAUGAUGGCUAUCCCGGCUAAUGUCAUCUACUUCACGGGGUAUGACUGGCUUCGGUACAAUCAUGCCAGCCCAAUCAAGAAAGCCUCCAACGACACUUAUGCACCACUAGCCGCAGGCUCGAUUGCUCGAAUAGCUGCUGCCAUCGCAGUUUCACCCAUCGAAAUGUUCCGGACUCGAAUGCAAGCCACACAUGGAAGUACCACCGGAGUAUUCAAGGACACCUUGCUUGGAUUGCAUCGAAUGACCCAGACGCAGGGAUAUUCAUCCCUUUGGCGGGGCCUAACCCUGACCAUGUGGCGGGAUGUUCCUUUCUCGGGGAUAUACUGGUGGGGAUACGAGGCUAUCCGGAAUCAGUUGACGGACGUCCGUGAACUUGCCAGGGGCAAAGAACUCGACGCCAACCGAUCCAUAACUAGUAGUCGGAAUGCCCAGAGCCAUGAAAACCACGCGACGACAUUCAUUGACAGUUUUCUCGCCGGUGCGGGUUCAGGCGUUGUGGCUGCACUGGUGACCACGCCAUUCGAUGUUGGCAAGACGCGACAGCAAGUGUAUCGUCAUGCGGGUGAUGACGCGAGAUCCGUGGCAGCGGCCAGAGAAGCUGCAAGAACUGGCAAACAUAUCCCCGAAGAGCUAUCAAUGCCACGAUUCCUGUUUCAUAUUUUCAAAGAGGAAGGCAUGAAUGGGCUUUUCAAGGGAUGGGUAGCAAGAUGUUUAAAGGUCGCCCCGGCCUGUGCCAUUAUGAUAAGCAGUUAUGAGAUGGGCAAGAAGUGGGCCAAGAAGAUGAAUGAGAAGAAAGAUGAUGCCAAGGCGUUUGCUUGA